UUUGCGCCAGACGGAUCGAGCUGAAAUUUUAGGAUAUGAAUUAUGACUAAUAAUUACACAUCUUGUGAAAGUUUCAUCUUCAUACAUAUCAUGGUUUCAGAGAUAUAUAUUUUUGUAGUUACCCAAGUCAGCCCGUGCGCCACUGGUACGCGCACGUCACGCUUGUGCGCACGGGUGCGCAUGAUGUCACCCAUGACGUGCGCGCACUGCAGCGUACUGAUGUGUAAUCGUUAAUACGCGUGACGUGAUGUCGCAUCCAGUAGAGAGGCCGUCUGUUCAUAUGAAUGGCACAAACAAAGUAUAUAGGAUUAAUAAUGGACGUCCUUUUUGGAUAGAAAAAAAAAUUAAGGAAUCAACUUUUGUGAUACGAAUAUUUUUUCUAAUAUUUUUUGUAGUAUUUGUUAUAAUAUUUUUUUUAAUAUUUUUUAAAAUAUUGUUUAAACAUUUUUAGAUUUUUUUUUGCAAAAUUUUUAGUAUUAAUAUUUUUAUAAUAUUUUUUAUAGUAUUUUUUUUAAUAUUUUUUAUGAACAUAAUUAUUCUAGAUUUCAUCUUCAUUUUCUCAGAGGUGAUUACCAAAGGGCAGCUUUUUUUUUUAAUUUUAAUAUUUUUAGUAAAUUAAGAUUAAUCAUUUCCAUCUUAUCCGUCGUAUGGAAAACAAUACACAUGAUUUAACAUCUCAACUCGAUCAUCAUGACAAAGAGCAGAGGAGACAACGCAAUAUUAAAUACCGACAGUCAAUACGUGAACAAUGUAUAAAUAUAUCAAAACGAAAUACAUCGGUUACUGAUACCAAGUUCACCACUGAUCAACGUAACAUCGUGUCUUUCGAUGAUUUUUUAGAACCUUUUUUUAUAAUUGCUGUAGUGAUAAUCAAUGAAGAUUUUGAUGAAGAGUCUACAGAAGCUAUUGUUGAUGAACAACAAUCAGGAGCACCAUCGAAUGAUAUUUACAACUCGAGAUAUUCAACUCUUAACGAAGAUAAUCAUAUUUUUACGACUGAUUUGGAAUCAAAUACUGAACUUGAUAAUGAUUAUUAUUUACUUGAAUCUCCACCAUCUCAAGCUAGUGGAAGUGAAAGUGAAAGUGAUACUGAUGAAAAUGAAGAACUAAUACAAAUCAUUGAUUUUAUUCGUGGUGCUAAUCUUGAUAAGUCAAAUACAGAUCGAUUAUUAGAUUUAUUAAAUAAUAUUCAUUCAAAUGUUGGUUUACCAAAAACAGGUCGUGAACUCUGGGAACGAGCUGGAAUUAAAUUUACAUUUAAAACAAAUAUAUAUUGUUCAAUUUGUAACCGACAACUGACGAAAUUUGCUGAUAAAUGUAAUUGUCUUCAUGGAAAUCAAAAUAUGAAUACGGAACUUAUAUUAUUCUCUAUUCCCGAUGAAAUUCGUCGAGUUGUGAAAUUAAAUUUCAACCUAAUAGAAUUUUUUGCUGAUUAUCGACAUGAAUUUAUGUAUGAUAUCACAAAUGGUAUAUUCCAUUUAUCUUAUUAA